GUGGGAAGCCAGUGAAAAACACGCGUCAGUAAAACCCCGCCACAAUCUCGCUUUCUUUCCCGCCAUCGCCAAUUCGCCGUGUAAGAUAUAACCAAAAAGCAAAAAUAACACAAACAUACACCAAAAAUACAAAAGAAAAACUUUUAUCUGUUAACCAAGUCACUGCUGAUUAAUCCAAUGGAUGAAGAUAACAAGCUACCUGAGCUCAAGCUAGAUGCUAAACAGGCUCAGGGGUUUCUCUCCUUCUUCAAAACUCUACCUCAUGACCCAAGAGCAGUGCGGGUAUUCGAUAGGCGGGACUAUUACACAUCACAUGGUGAAAAUGCAACCUUCAUUGCAAAGACAUAUUACCAUACGACUACUGCUUUACGACAAUUGGGCAGUGGACCUGAUGGCCUUUCCAGUGUGAGUAUUAGUAAGAAUAUGUUUGAAACAAUUGCCAGAGAUCUUUUACUGGAGAGAACAGAUCAUACACUUGAGCUCUAUGAGGGCAGUGGAUCAAAUUGGAGAUUGGUGAAAAGUGGAACUCCUGGAAAUCUAGGCAGUUUUGAAGAUGUUUUGUUUGCCAACAAUGAAAUGCAGGAUUCCCCUGCGGUUGCUGCAGUCAUCCCGAACUUUCGUGAAAAUGGGUGCAGUAUUGGGCUAGGUUAUGUUGAUUUAACAAAGAGAAUUCUUGGAUUGGCCGAAUUUCUUGAUGAUAGUCACUUUACAAAUUUGGAGUCAGCCUUGGUUGCCCUUGGUUGUAAGGAAUGCCUUUUGCCCAUUGAGAGUGGUAAAUCCAUUGAAUGUAGAACUUUGCAUGAUGCACUGACUAGAUGCGGUGUGAUGUUAACUGAGAGAAAGAAAAAUGAGUUCAAAACAAGGGAUUUGGUGGAGGAUCUCGGUAGGCUUGUAAAAGGUUCCAUUGAACCAGUUAGAGAUUUAGUUUCUGGUUUUGAAUUUGCACCUGGUGCUUUAGGAGCAUUACUCUCUUAUGCAGAAUUACUGGCGGAUGAGAGCAAUUAUGGAAAUUAUACAAUCAGAAAGUACAAUCUUGACAGCUACAUGAGACUGGAUUCUGCUGCCAUGAGGGCUCUUAAUGUCCUUGAGAGCAAAACUGAUGCAAACAAAAAUUUUAGUUUAUUUGGUCUUAUGAAUAGAACGUGCACUGCUGGGAUGGGAAAAAGAUUGCUUCACAUGUGGCUAAAACAACCUUUACUAGAUGUAAAUGAAAUCAACUCCAGACUGGACUUGGUACAAGCUUUUGUGGAGGAUACUGCACUUCGCCAAGAUCUGAGGCAGCAUUUGAAAAGAAUUUCGGACAUUGAGCGCCUAGUACACAAUCUUGAGAAAAGAAGAGCUGGUUUGCAGCAUAUUGUGAAACUUUAUCAGUCAAGUAUAAGACUGCCAUACAUUAGGGGUGCUCUGGACAAGUAUGAUGGUCAAUUUUCAUCCUUGAUCAAGGAAAGGUAUUUGGAUCCUCUCGAGUCAUUGACCGAUGAUGAUCACUUGAACAAGUUUAUUGCUCUUGUAGAAACUUCUGUUGACCUUGAUCAACUUGACAAUGGGGAGUAUUUGAUUUCACCAAGUUAUGACCCAGCACUAUCUGCGCUGAAAGAUGAACAGGAGUCAUUGGAGUGCCAAAUACACAAUUUGCAUAAACAAACUGCUCAGGAUCUUGAUCUUCCUCAAGAUAAAGGAUUAAAGUUAGAUAAGGGAACCCAAUUUGGACAUGUCUUUAGAAUUACGAAGAAAGAGGAGCCAAAAAUAAGGAAAAAGCUGACCACCCAAUUUAUUGUCCUCGAAACCCGAAAAGAUGGAGUGAAAUUCACAAACACAAAACUUAAGAAGUUAGGGGACCAGUACCAAAAGAUAGUAGAGGAAUACAAGAAUUGUCAAAAAGAGCUGGUCAAUCGAGUUGUUCAAACUGCGGCAACUUUCUCUGAGGUGUUUAAAUCUUUGGCUGGCUUGCUGUCUCAAUUGGAUGUCUUACUCAGUUUUGCUGAUUUGGCUACUAGUUGUCCAACCCCCUACACAAGACCUGACAUAACUCCAUCUGAUGUUGGAAAUAUUAUAUUGGAAGGAAGUAGACAUCCUUGUGUGGAAGCCCAAGACUGGGUGAAUUUUAUACCAAAUGAUUGUAAACUUAUCAGGGGAGAAAGUUGGUUCCAAAUAAUUACAGGGCCUAAUAUGGGUGGAAAAUCUACAUUUAUUCGGCAAGUUGGUGUGAAUAUUUUAAUGGCACAAGUUGGUUCCUUUGUUCCUUGCGACAAGGCUAGCAUUUCGGUUCGUGAUUGCAUUUUUGCUCGUGUUGGUGCUGGGGAUUGCCAACUACGUGGAGUUUCUACCUUUAUGCAAGAAAUGCUUGAAACUGCUUCAAUCCUGAAAGGAGCUACAGAUAAGUCAUUGAUAAUAAUUGAUGAAUUAGGCCGAGGGACAUCAACUUAUGAUGGUUUUGGUUUAGCAUGGGCCAUAUGCGAACACCUUGUUCAAGUGAUUAAAGCACCUACCUUAUUUGCAACCCACUUUCAUGAACUGACUGGUUUAGCUGAUGAAAAAGCUGAGCCCCAUAUGAAGCAAAUUGCUGGUGUAGCAAACUAUCAUGUCAGUGCACACAUUGACUCAUCAAAUCGCAAGCUGACUAUGUUAUACAAGGUUGAACCGGGGGCUUGCGAUCAAAGUUUUGGUAUACACGUUGCAGAAUUCGCAAACUUUCCUGAAAGUGUUGUUGCCCUUGCUCGAGAAAAGGCAGCUGAGUUGGAAGAUUUCUCACCUAAUGCUAUUGUUUCAAAUGAUACUACAGAAAAGGUUGGGUCCAAACGAAAUAGAAAAUGUGAUCCUGAUGAUGUGUCUAGAGGUGCAGCUCGGGCUCACAAAUUUCUGAAGGAGUUCUCUGAUUUGCCACUAGAGACUAUGGAUUUGAAGGAGGCUCUCCAGCAAGUAAGCAAGCUGAAAGAGGGCUUAGAGAAGGAUGCAGCAAAUUGCCAGUGGCUUAAGCAAUUCUUCUAGUUGCCCCGUAUAACAUAGGUAAUAUUUGCAUGUUGGCACGUUUUGCAAGGCCUGUGAAUGUAUCAGGAACCAGAAUGCUCCUCUUCCCUUCAAUUUUUGUGUGUAUCAAAGAAGUCUGAAACGCAGACGUAUACAACAGCAAGCAGCAGGCCUCAGCUUCAGCUAAAUCGGGACAUUUUCAACCUUUCUGUCUUUCUCCUUUUCAAAAUUUCUUUGUACUUUGUGAGGGGAAGAUGGAAGAGGGUGUGUUUUGUUAGUUUUUUCUGACUCGGUCCUAGAGCCAAUAGUUAGUUAGAUGCCAAGUCUCUCUAAUUUUAUUGGGCCUGCGCAGCCCCCACUCAAUUGGCUUGCCGAUUUCCCAUUUAGGGAAGCUCACCUUGUGUAAAUUAACCCUUUUCCUUUUCUUUUAUCAACCAUUUUGUUGUGUUUGCUGUUUUCA